ACCAGAGGUCUACUGAGUGGCGGGCGCUUGGUUGGGGUUGCAGCUCUCGCGGUGGGGCGCCAGAUCUCCUGAUGACAGGGCGCAGCACUGUGUUUGCCAUGCAGCACGUCCUCGGUGCGCCCCGUGUGGUGUGGAGAGGCCUCCUUGGAAGGGACCUCUUUAUGGCCAGGACUCUCUGCAGCCCAGGCCCUAGCCAGCCCAGAGAGAAAAGACCUGAGGAGGUGGCUCUUGGGCUGUACCGCCGCCUCACAGCUCUGGGAAGAGCCCUGGGGCACGACAUUCAUCAGCGAGCAUCGUCCACAGCCACGACUUGGUGGGAAAGAUACGAAGAGUUUGUCGGACUCAGUGAAGUUCGAGAGGCCCAGGGAAAUGUGACUGAGGCAGAGAAAGUGUUCAUGGUGGCUCGAGGGCUUGUACGAGAGGCUCGGGAGGACUUGGAAGUUCACCAGGCCAAGCUGAAGGAGGUGAGGGACCGCUUGGACCGCAUCUCCAGAGAGGAUAUCCAGUACCUAGAACUGGCUACGCUGGAGCACCGGCUGCUGCAAGAGGAGAAGAGGCUUCGUGCAACCUAUCUGCGUGCUGAAGACUCUGAGCGAGAGAAGUUCUCCCUCUUCUCUGCGGCUGUGCGGGAAAGUCACGAGAAGGAGCGUACUCGAGCUGAGAGGACCAAGAACUGGUCCCUCAUCGGGUCAGUUCUGGGGGCCUUGAUUGGUGUGGCUGGCUCCACCUAUGUGAACCGUGUGCGGCUACAGGAGCUGAAGGCCUUGCUCUUAGAGGCGCAGAAGGGGCCUGUGAGCCUCCAGGAGGCCAUCCGAGAACAGGCAUCCAGCUACUCCCUCCAGCAGAGGGACCUCCACGACCUCAUGGUGGACCUAAGGGGCCUGGUACAAGCUGGCUCCGGGCUGAGCUCUGGGACCCAGGCAGGUACUUCCCCCACCCGAGACAGAGACACAGAUGUCCUUUCAGCUGCCUUGAAAGAGCAGCUCAGCCAUUCCAGGCAGGUCCAUUCAUGUUUAGAGGGUUUACGAGAGCGGCUUGAUGGCUUGGAAAAGACUUUCAGCCAAACGGCUGAGGUGGUUCAGCUUGCGAAGGCUGCAGCACAUCCAGGCCUGCUGGGGCCAGCAGACAGGGCCCUGCCUGGCUCCUUGCUGGAGCAGGGGAGCGUGAUCUUGGCACUAUCAGACAUGGAGCAGAAGCUUGAAGCUCAGGUCAACAGGAACACCAUCUACAGCACACUGGUCACCUGUGUGACAUUUGUGGCCACUCUGCCCGUGCUCUACGUGCUCUUCAGGGCCAGCUAGCCCUCCAGAGAGGGCUCCAGGGAGCUGAGGGGAUAGCCGUGGAUACAAAUUUAGCUAGAGAAUCCCAACAAUGAAGUGAGCCUUUGGGGUGCACACAACCUCAGCCUGAGGCUGAGCACCAUCUGUGUGGCUCACCAGCAGGCGUACUUUGAUUUUGAGAAAAUGCUCAUUUAUGUUAAUUAUCAACACUUUGUACUAAUGUCCAAAUAAAAUGUCUUUCGGUU